AAUGAAGUUUCCGGUUCGUCCACAGAGUAUCUCAACUCAACCAUCUCAACACGGUCUCACCCCUCAUCGUCAAGUAUCGACGUUUGGAGAUUCGAGGCAAAGGGAGAUGGGUGGGUCUGUCUAGAGGUUUAUAAAGAGAGAGUUAGUUGACAACUUCAUUGACUCGUGGAGCCUCUCGGAUGUAGCAGCCGCGCCGUAGAGUUACAGCAGAGCAGACCGUUUGUGGUGCACUUUUAAAAGGCACUAGCCAGAUAAACAUGGGCAAUAAUGGUGCGGUUGAUCAGAUGAACAAUCAGAUGAAGUCAGAUGGGUUGAACAUGGGCGGCACAGGGAACUUUCCUGCAUCUGUACCACUGUCAAUGCCUGGCAUGAGGAAGCCCUGGCAUGAGCACGUCACUCAGGACCUGAGGAACCACCUGGUGCACAAGCUGGUUCGAGCAAUAUUCCCGACCCCAGACCCUGCAGCACUGGACGAAAGACGCAUGGAGAACUUGGUCGCUUACGCGCGAAAGGUGGAAGGGGACAUGUUUGAGGCUGCCAACAGCAGGGAUGAGUAUUACCACUUUCUGGCUGAGAAGAUCCAUAAGAUCCAGACGGAGCUGGAGGAGAAGAGAAGGUCCAGACUGUCAAAGCCUCCCAUGAGCACUCAGGAUCCGUAACAGCCUGACCUUCACCAGAUACAGGACCUGCACAAGCCAUCUGACCCCACAGUUAGUUUUGGUCCAGUUUGAUCAUGUGACCAUGCAGAAUGUGGAAGGAUCUGAUUUGAGUUUAAUAACAGCCAUGUGAAGUUUCAAGAGAUUAAACAUCAGUGUUUCUAUUGA